AUAUAAAACUCCCCUUCUUCGUGUCGCGAGAGGGAGACGGGGAGAUAUGGAAGAGACGGGGAAGGGAAGCGAGAGAUGGAGGGCAGCCAUCGUAAAUUUAUCGGAGAUGGGGGCCAAUCUCGAAUCCCUUCAAAAGCUUCUCAUGAAGAAAGCUGUUUUUGUAGACGAAGAGGCCUUUGCCAAAGCAUCUCUUAGCUCCGAACAAGCAAGAACAAUCAAGGCACUUGAACAAAGGGUGGAGACAUUGGAACGAGAGCUUGAUGCAGCAAUCACAGCAUCUGCUCGUGCUCGCACUGAAAAACGACAAGCUGAGGCAGCACAAAGAGCUGCUGAAUUACAUGUACAAGAGGUGACAAGAGAGCUGGAGAAUACAACAAAGGUGUUCAAGCUACACAUGGAAGAGCUGCGCGCAAAGCAAGAGGAGAUCUCAAGGAAAGAUAGUGAGAUAAAGGUUUUGGAGGCUAUAAUUCAGACACUAAGUGGAAACAAGUCAGCAGAUAUGGGUGACUAAGUCCCAUUUAUGUCUACGCGAAUUUGAUUUGUACGCCGCAGAGUACUAAUGGUGAUAACGGUACACAUGACACACAUGCAAGUCAAUCCUGAUGCAGAUCAGGUAACCUAUGAAUUUUUUGUAGCCCCUGUUGCUAAGAAAAACACAAUCCUUUUUAGUUCUGUUGUAACUGAUGAUGGAAUGAAGUCAACGAACACUUUUAUUCUUCCAAAACCACAAGGCAAAGAGCUCUUGAAGUGAACUGAGGGCUGGCUUGGUAGCUUGUAUUUUAUAUGCAUUGGCAAUUACCUCGGAAUCCAUGUGAAUUGGAAUCACCAUCUCUGUUUGGCAGGUUAUAUUUAGAAAUGUAUUAGUGGAGAGAUUG